AUGGCCAAGAGUGUUCGUUCCAGUACUCGCAAGCGCAACGCCGCCCAACUUCGCAGCACGGUUUUCGGUCCUGCCGCCGAUGCGAGAACCGCAAGACUGUCUGCAAAAUUGCAAGAACUCUCUGCGCAAUCUCGUGAGACUAGCAAUCCUUCGAAGGAGUCUUCUGAUGACCUGGAUGAGAAAAAAUUACAAGAGGAUGCAGCCAAUCAGAUGGCGCUUGAUGACGAACAAACCGAUAAAUCAAAAUCUACAAAGACUCGUGCGAAUCGCUCCUUUCCGGUCCCGGUUCUCAGGUGUUUCUUCAGGAUGGCAGGUAGCCUCGCAAAGGCGGCCCUUGUUCUCGCCAAUGCGUUUAUCCCUAUCGCCGUGGUGCUCUUCAGCUCAGGGUAUUUUCCAUACAAGCCCAUAAUACCUGGAGAAGCGACAAUUGUGGGAAAUGGGGCAGCUCCGCCUAUUUUCGACAAGGUCAUUGUCAUGGUGGUGGACGCGUUGCGCAGUGAUUUCGUCUAUUCAAACAAUUCUGGUUUUCUUUUCACCCAAGAGUUGAUCCGCACAGGGGAUGCAAUGCCUUUCACAGCCCACGCAAGUUCGCCGACGGUAACGAUGCCUCGAAUAAAGGCCAUAACCACUGGUUCGGUUCCAUCCUUCUCCGAUGUAAUCCUCAAUAUUGCCGAGUCCGAAAGCAUGUCGACCCUCACUCACCAGGACACAAUCCUUGGACAGCUCAAGAGGGGCCUGUCCGGAAAGCUAGUCAUGUAUGGGGACGAUACCUGGUUGAAUUUGUUUCCAAACAUCUUCGACAGGUCUGAUGGGACCACUAGUUUCUUCGUUUCGGAUUUUGUCGAAGUAGAUAAUAAUGUCACUCGCCACGUCCCAGGCGAGCUUAUAAGAGAUGACUGGUCUGUAAUGGUACUGCAUUACCUUGGGUUGGAUCACAUUGGACAUAAAGCUGGACCCAAAAGCUCUCACAUGAUUCCUAAACAAAAAGAAAUGGAUGCCAUAGUCGAAGAUAUAUUCACCGCAAUGCAGGAGAGAGAACAUCUCCAGUCCACUCUGCUCGUUCUGUGCGGAGACCACGGAAUGAACGAGGCUGGCAACCACGGCGGGUCAUCUGCUGGAGAAACUUCACCAGCGUUGACAUUCAUAUCUCCAAAGCUAAAAAACCACAUUGCUAGUAUCGAAUCAACUUCCUGGAAUGCAGACGAAUACGAGUAUUUUCAGAUGGUGGAACAAUCGGAUAUUACACCUACAUUAGCGAAGCUUUUAGGUGUGCCCAUACCUCUGAAUAGCCUGGGGGUCUUUAUCCCAGCUUUUCUUGACAUGUGGGAGUCUGGUUCCGAUAGACUCGGAAUCUUACUAGAAAACGCCCAUCAAAUUCUAGACAUCGUCAAAAUGGCUUUCCCUAAACAUUCAUUCAAUGCCAAAACCUCGGUUACGGACUGUACAGCAGGUGUACUGUCCAGCAUUGAAGAAUUGGAAUGUGAAUGGAUUUCGAUUCUGGAACUCUUGACAGGUCUUGACACCCAUGUAUCACACGAUGUCCUUCAAAAGGCCAUUUAUCGAUUUCUCUAUAGAGCUCAGAGCCUUAUGAGCGGUGCCGCUAGCACAUACAAGCUUUCGAUGCUGUUUUCGGGCAGUCUAGCUGCAGCUGCAGCUUGCGUGUUUUCCCUCGUCGUCGCAUUUGGGCCUCUCAGAAAAUCCGGGUUUCCUGGAAUAUUCUUGGUGGUCACCGCAUUGCUGAGUGGUGCCAUAAUGUUUGCCAGCAGUUAUGUGGAAGAGGAACAGCAGUACUGGUACUGGAUCGUUACUGCAUGGGCUGCUUAUCUUCAUAUUAGAUUGUCUCAACGUGGCGGUGCUUCUGCAGCGUCUUUGACCGGCGUAUCGAGCACGAUCUUCCUUGCUAUUUUGAACCGGAUUAUGCGGCGAUGGAACCAGACCGGUCAAAAGUUUGCUGGCGAAUCAGACAUAGUUCACGGCUUCCUCUCUUCCCGACCAAAAUUCCUCUGGGCUUUGAUCUUGUUAACUUACGUGGCAAGUUUCUGGGGCCUGGUUCGAUCAUCGCCAAUUAAAAGCAAAGCGUGGUUAUCGAUUUGGACUACACUUUGUGCUGCUCUGUCUGUAGCGGCCGUUUCCUUCAAGGUCUCGUUUGCCGCAGCAGAUUCUCCAGAACUGCUGAACGAGUGGAUGCUCAAGCUCGUAGAAGCCGGUUCUAGUUUUUCACUGGUUCUACAAGCCCGUGUGGUAUUUUUGGGAAUUUUCGUCCUAUUUGUUAUUCUCACAUGGGCAAAUUCCACGUUUGGCCAAAAGAGAAGUGUGACAAGCAAACGACUCUUUCACGAACUCUUGACAUUGUUCCUGGUGACACAGUCUAGGGCAACCAAUAUUCCUCUAUUCUUGAUUUUCAGAGCCCAAGCAUCAAUCAUUAGCAAAUGCCGUUUGAGUGGCGUUGAAGCCACAAUCAAUUCGAUUUUGAUGCAGCACAUGGCGUUUUUCGCAUUUGGUGGAUCGAAUGCAAUCUCAUCAGUCGACUUGUCUAAUGCCUAUAAUGGUGUUAGCGAUUACAAUGUUGUGGUCGUUGGUCUUCUCACAUUCAUAAGUAACUGGGCGGGCCCAACCUGGUGGAUUUCAGCAACUGCAUUGGUGCAGGAUCACUCGACUCCAGUCAAGGCGACGGAUCGGAUAGCAUUGCUGACAUUCAACACUGCUUUUAGCUUGAUGUCUGUGAUGGCGGCGUGCACCAUGCUCAGAACCCAUCUCUUCGUGUGGACGGUGUUUUCACCCAAGUUUUUGUAUAGCAUUGCAUGGGCAUUGGUGAAUCAUAUCGGCUUGAAUCUGCUGGUAGCUAGCAGUCUUUCGAGUUGGCUUUCAUGA